CGACAAGAUGGCAGCCCGGACGUAUCAUGAUGGUAGCUAUGGCCAGCGUGCCGUCUACGGUCAGGUCAAAGUGCCCCCACUUCCCGUUUUUCACGAACACAAGCCGGUCAAGCCGGUCAGCAGCCGCAGGUGUCGAGGGCCCAGCGGGGUAGGUCUGCUGCUACUUGCUGGUGGUACUUUGUUUAUUUGUGCACUACUGGUGCUCCUUAACACCAUAAGCGAGGGUCCGGCUGCACCCCGAAUCCUCAAGGAGACCCAGCUCGUACGCGCCGAGGAACGCUUCGCAGCACCCCAGGCCGCUGCUCACAAGGCUAUAAUCGACGAGUGGAAGAACAAGAAGUUAACCUCGGAACAAGAGCAGAUUCGAGCACAAGGCUAUCAGCGCAAUGCCUUCAAUCAAAUGAUCAGCGAUCUCCUCCCACUGGACCGAGAGUUUGGUGACCAUCGACCCGAUGAAUGCCUGGCUCAAUGGUAUCUCCCACCAUCUGAGCUGCCUACAACCAGUGUCAUCAUCAUCUUCCACAAUGAAGCCAUCUCUACUCUUCUUCGUACAGUUCAUAGCGUCCUCAACCGCUCGCCAUCGGCGCUUAUUGCCGAAGUGCUGCUGGUUGAUGAUGCUUCCACGGGCGAGUGGCUCGACGCGUCCUUUGAAGCACAGGUGGCAGCCAUUCCCAAGGCUCGCUUGAUGCGCCUGCCAGAGCGCUCGGGCCUUAUUCGCGCGAAAAUUGCCGGUGCCCGGCAAGCCCGAGGCGAGGUCAUCCUCUUUCUUGACAGUCAUUGCGAAGUCAAUCCCGGCUGGUUGCAACCCAUGUUGCAUCGUCUACGAGAAGAACCCAACGCCAUCGUAUGCCCCGUCAUAGAUAUCAUCAAAUCGGAUGACUUCUCCUAUGUCCCGGUUUCCGCCACAACCCAAAUUGGUGUCUUUACCUGGUUCAUGCAGUUUUCAUGGAGCGAGCUGACCGAGCAGCAACAAGCCGCACGACCGUCCAGCGUGGCUCCGAUUCCAUCACCCACCAUGGCCGGCGGUCUCUUUGCCAUGCGCAAGAUCCUGGAGACAUAUCUGAUCGUCUUGAACUCCGCGAGCAACUGCGUUGUGGCACAUUUUCAGAGUACGAGCUUUUCCACCGCACCCGUAUCCUCCGCAUUUUUGAUUAUCGCCACAUGCGGCAGGAAUCCGUCGAGUGGCGAGUGCCUUGUUCUCACGACCACCAACUAUGACAGCGUGCGGGAUGUCAAGAUGCGCUGCUUGGUUCCAGAGAGCAGCACGGCCACGAAGAUUGUGCUUGACAACUGCAACGAGAACGGGCGCUUUGCUCUAGAUUUGGGCUGGCUCGAGUGGAAACAUUUGCAAACGGGUCAAGUAUAUCAUCCAGCUACAAACCGCUGCAUUGGCAUGAUUGCGAACAAUGGCACAUCAAACUCAGAGGUCGGCCUGGUGAGCUGCAGCAAGUCUGCCAAACAGCAAUGGACUUUCACAGAGUUUUCCGAUAUCGAGUAUUCUAGCUAG